GCCAGAGACAGAGAGAGAGCGAGAGACCCUCUCCUCCCCGCCGGUCCGCCCCCACGACCAAACUCCGCGAGCGCGAUCCGAGCACGGACACCGCAGCGCAGCGCGGCACCGAGCCGCUGCGACUGCGAACGAGACCGCACCGCAGCCACAGGGAGGGAGAGACCCGCCCCGCCUCCCUCCCGGAGAAAAGGCAGACGCGGCGGGCGGCGGCCCAAUCCGGAGGGCGCGACCGGUCCGGUCCUGUCCUUCCUUCCUUCCUCCGUUCGUUCGUUCGUUGGCCUCCUCCUCCUCCUGUUCCGUUCCUCUUCUUGGCGCGGCGGCAAAUAAGAGGAAUAUAGAAGAAAUAGCAAGAGCCCCGAGCCAGAGGGGGCAACGACCAACGGCACGCCGCCGCCGCCGCCGCGGACGCUCGUGCUGAGGUCGGUCGCCGCUGCCACGACACAAGGCGAUGGCGCGGUUCAUCCUGAGCCUGAUGGAGCUCGGGGUCAGCGCCACCGUGCACAUGCUCUUCGGCCUCUACGUCUUCAGCACGGCCGUCGCCGCCGACAUCUCGCAGGCCGCCGCGGCGUCGGGGUGCCUCCUGCUGCGCCGCCCAUGGGCGCCUCCCGAGGGAGCGCCGCUCGUCGACGUCGCCGCCGCGGGGGAGAGCGACGACCGCAGGGGCGCCGCGCCCGUCAUCCUCCACGCCUCGCCGCCGCCCAUCGUCCUCGUCCACGGCAUCUUCGGAUUCGGCAAAGGGAGGCUCGGUGGCCUCUCCUACUUCGCCGGCGCCGAGAAGAAGGACGACCGCGUGCUCGUCCCGGAUUUGGGGUCGCUCACCAGCAUCCAUGACAGGGCGCGCGAGCUGUUCUACUACCUUAAGGGCGGGCAGGUGGACUACGGCGAGGAGCACAGCAAGGCUUGCGGCCACAGCAGGUUUGGGAGAAUAUAUCACACAGGGCACUAUCCUGCGUGGGACGAGCACAGCCCGGUGCAUUUUGUCGGGCACUCUGCUGGCGCACAGGUUGUGAGGGUGCUGCAUCAGAUGCUUGCCGACAAGGCUUUCCCUGGUCAUGAUACUUCUGAAGAUUGGGUUCUGAGCCUGACUUCCUUGUCGGGCGCACUUAAUGGAACCACAAGAACUUACUACGAUGGCAUGCUGGUUGAAGAUGGUAGGUCCAUGAAAUAUAUCUGUCUUCUUCAGCUCUGCCGGCUCGGAGUUAUUGUGUACGAUUGGCUAGAUAUUCCUUGGCUGAAGAAUUACUACAAUUUUGGUUUUGACCACUAUGAGAUGUCACGGAGGAAAGUAGGCUUUUCAGGUCUAAUUAAUCUGCUUGUGGGGCACACGGGCCCAUUUGCCAGCGGAGAUUGGAUUCUACCUGACCUUACAAUCCAAGGAUCCAUGAAACUAAACUCUAGACUUAGGACCUUUCCCAAUACAUUCUACUUCAGUUAUGCUACAAAGAAAACAAGAAAAUUAUUUGGAAUUACAGUGCCUUCAAGUGUUCUUGGAGUGCACCCCAUGCUCUUUCUGAGAGUCCUCCAGAUGUGUAUGUGGCGGCACCCUCAAAGUGCACCUCUGCCUUACAAAGGAUACAGGGAUGAAGAUUGGGAAGACAAUGAUGGGGCUUUGAACACAAUCUCUAUGACACACCCCCGCAUUCCCAUUGAGCAUCCACACCGUCUGGUAGUGGACGAUUCUGACUGCCAUCCUUUGCAACCUGGGAUAUGGUAUUACAAGAUUAUUGAAGCUGACCACAUUCUAUUCAUUGUGAAUCGGGAAAGAGCUGGAGUGCAGUUCGAUUUGCUGUACGAUGGCAUUUUUCAGCGCUGCAGAAAGCAUGCCUUUAGGAAGAGCCCACCUACUGUACCAAACGAAACAAGUCAAUAGCAGAACUAAGACAAAGUAUUUGUAGGUAGUACAUAGGAAGAAGAGAAACAAGGUGCCACAGCAUUUUUAUUAACUGUAAAUUAUAUUGUUGAUUGAACGGGAAUAGCAUAUUUGCUUCUCCAAUUCUUGGAAUGGGGUUCAUGGAGACUGGUAACAAGUUAAUGCUUCGCCAUACAGUCUAAUGCAAGAAGAUUUGCCUUGCAGUGUUGAUUUACCAUGAAUGAACAGGAGACGAUGGAUCCGCAGUUGCCUAUGGCCUGACUGCAGCUAUGAUAAGUCUACAUACGUUCAAAAAGUGAUAUGUAGACAUAUAGAUGGUUCUACGGAUGGUGUAACAUUGUAGACUUGCAGUAGUAGCAGGGUUUAGUGAAAAGAAGUGGUUCUAAAUUAUGAUUUCCAUUCGGUGGCAGUUAUAAGGAUUGGA